UCAGACAAUAAACUAACGCUUACCUCUGACCAGAGUUCUCAUGUUUUAACAAAAUGGAUCAACAAAAUCCAUAUAUUUUAUUCUUUUCCUUGCUUUGCUAAAGCUUAUACGAAACUGAUCAAGUUUAACCUCUAAAUCUAAUAGAGCAGAAGGUGAAGGAGAAACAUAUAGAAAUGGGCAUGGAGAACAUGAAGAAGAAGAAGAGUGUUUACAGUGUUUAUAUUGUGAUGGUUCUUACACUAUGGUUGAUUGAUGGUGGAAUUGAAGGAAGACAAGUGGGUGUUUUAGAGAAACUUGAAAAACCUAGUUCUGGUUUCUCCAAAUCCUACAAUUCCAUUUAUGAUACUUCAAAAUAUGGGAUUUUUCAACUCAACAAUGGCUUGGCUCUUACGCCUCAAAUGGGAUGGAAUAGCUGGAAUUUCUUUGCUUGUAGUAUCAGUGAAGACCUUAUUAAGGAAACAGCCGAUGCACUUGUCUCAACUGGCUUGGCUGAUUUAGGCUAUGUAUAUGUUAAUAUAGAUGAUUGCUGGUCUGCUGCCACUCGAAAUUUGAAGGGUCAGUUGGUCCCUGAUCCAAAAACUUUUCCAUCCGGAAUCAAAGCUCUUUCUGAUUAUGUACAUGGGAAAGGCCUCAAGCUUGGUAUUUAUGGUGAUGCUGGUGCAUUUACGUGUCAAGUUCGACCCGGAUCACUCUUCCAUGAAACUGGUGAUGCACAACUGUUUGCUGAUUGGGGUGUAGAUUAUUUGAAGUAUGAUAACUGUUUUAACUUGGGUAUUGACCCUAAAAAAAGAUAUCCUCCAAUGCGUGACGCUCUAAAUGCAACUGGGAGAACAAUUUUCUAUUCUAUUUGUGAAUGGGGGGUUGAAGACCCAGCCUUAUGGGCUCGUGGAGUCGGAAAUAGCUGGCGUACAACAGAUGACAUUAAUGAUACAUGGGCAAGCAUGACUACAAUAGCUGAUAUAAAUGACAAAUGGGCUUCCCAUGCUGGACCUGGAGGAUGGAAUGAUCCUGAUAUGCUGGAAGUUGGUAAUGGAGGCAUGACUUAUCAGGAAUACCGUGCUCAUUUUAGCAUUUGGGCUUUGAUGAAGGCCCCUCUUUUAAUUGGUUGUGAUGUAAGAAACAUGACUGCUGAAACCCUUGAAAUUUUAAGCAAUAAGGAGGUCAUUUCUGUAAACCAAGACUCACUAGGUGUCCAGGGAAGGAAAGUUUAUGUUUCUGGAGAAGCUAACUGCCUUCAGGUUUGGGCAGGACCUUUGUCUGGCAAUCGCUUAGUCGUAGCUUUCUGGAAUAGAUGUUCCAAAGCUGCAACUAUAACAGCUAGGUGGGAUGUACUCGGUCUUGAAUCUAGCACCCAUGUCUCAAUAAGAGAUUUGUGGCAGCACAAAGAGGUCAAGGAAAAUGCAGUGGCAUCAUUUGGUGCUAAAGUUGAUUCGCAUGACUGUCAUGUGUACAUUUUCACUCCCAAGACAGUGGCUCACUCAGAAAGUUAGGUUGUUGCUCAUAAUGGUAUCCCUUUUGUGGUUUCUCUUUGUUAUUACUGAGAAAUCUGAUACUACUUAAAAUUACUGCUGCUUGAACUGUUGUAAAUGGUGUCUACAAGGAGUCGUUUGGUACAUGUGAACCAUACCAGAUGUGGGAUUCCAUAAAGAAAACACUUAUUAGCUGGUCUUUUAGAAGUGGUUAAUGUUGUUUUUGUGAUGAUUAUUUUAUAUAUAUAUGAUGGAGCUAAUAAGUACUAAAAAAUUUCGUUUCUAGUCGAACAGUUUGGUUCACUUAAGCUUUCUUGGAAAAAUGAAGAUUGGUGUUUGUUUUUUGAGGCAGCAUUGAUCUUUGUCCUGACCUGAAUUAAUUAAUAUAUAUAGGUUUAUUUAUGGGUGAUUCUUAGUGCCACACCUGAUUUCAAUUGCCUUUCAGUCACACCACUAAAUUUUGGUUCCCUGAAAAGCUUCUAAGCCUGCACUGAAAGAAUGUGUACAUGUACGGAGUUCAGAGUGCUACAGGAACUGAUAGCGAUGCAUGUAUGAGAUCGUAUCUGUUACUCGCUACACCAAUAUGUACAUCAUGGCGUUCUUUUAUAAAGAUGGUUUACUGUCUUUGUAAGAACUCUUGCUAAGUUGUGGCAAUUGUUUGUACGGGCUCAAGUGAUUCAAGUACAAUCUACCUUAACCCUUACGUAAUUACGGCUUCACUCAUAGUGCUGAGAUUGAAUCAUUGAAAUAUUAAUUUUGGCUGAGCAAUGGUGCAGGGACUGGUUCUGAAACGGAAUUUGGAAGAAAGAGAGCCAGGAUUACUGUGCUCCGGAUUUAUCAACUUCGACUACAUCCCUAACAAGGGUCUUUUCCACCCAAACAUGUUAGAAGCAUGUGAAAUGCUUAUGAAUCAAGCUCUUUGCUUUCCAACCAUGAUUCAUCACCAGCCCAGACUAAUGGAAAAACAACUUUUAUGUAAAAUAAUGAGCAAUAUGUCUCAAAGGUGUGAAGAUUAUUUUGGAUAAAAUAAGCAACUAAAUAGAAAUUAUGAGAUUCCAACCAGUAUUCUCAACCAUUCAUAGCUUGUCAAAUGCGAUCAAACUUUUAACUAAUCAAAAACCUUCUACACAAAUCCAAAUUUUCUCAAAAUUAAAGCAGCCCAUUUCAAAGCAAAUACAAAAAUAGAAAUUUAUCUUUAA